UCUACUACGUGUCUUUACUACGCUGUGAAAAAUGGUAACGUAGAUUUAGUCGAGCUCUUAUUGAAAAAUGGUGCAAAAGUUGAUUCAAUAGAUUUUGAAGGUUGUUCGCUUCUGCACUUAGCUGUUGCGUGCCAAAAACGAGAGUUUUGUAAAAAUUUUGCACGAAUUUUACAGAUGCUGUUAGAAAAAGGGGCAAAAAGCACCACUAACGAUCGAAAAUCGCUAACGCCACUUUGCAAGGCAGUUGUUUAUGGGUGUUUGCCAUCGGUUGUGAACAUUCUUGAAUAUGCUUCCGCAAACGAUAAAAUAUUUCACCAAGAUAACUGCACGUCACUAAAUUUAGCAACAUUCCAAAACAGGAGCGACAUAGUUUUGGCAUUAAUAGAAAAUGAUUUCAAAUUAGACAAUUUAAAUGCGAAGUUACAAACUCCCCUA